AUGCCGCCCAUACACACACUGACUCUCUUUCUCUCUCCCCUUGCUUUCUUUCGCUUUCGCGCUUGCUUUUCUCUCUCUCUCUCUCUCUCUCUCUCUCUCUCUCUCUCUCUCUCUCUCUCUCUCUCUCUCUCUCUUUCAACUCUUUCUCUCUCUUUCAACUCUUUCUCUCUCUCUCUUUCAACUCUUUCUCUCUCUCUCUCUCUUUCUUCUUCUUUUUUUUUUAGAACCAUGGCUUUGCAAUUGGAGGUGACCAAGACUCCUUCCACGGACUUGGCCGUGCGCAACCGCCUGCCGGUGCAUCCAGACUGUGGUAUUCCGGCAGAUGUCAAUCACAUUGAAAUCUCGCCCAAGGAUGGCAAUGGCCACACCUUCAAGUUUACGAUCGAGCGCUCGGGCAAGAUGAAGUCAGGCCAGAUUGGCGCCAACGUGGCCCAGCGCGAGUGGGCACAUCUCUCUCUCAAGGAGACGCUGACGCCUUCACUACUUCGAGGCCCCUUCAAUGUUGCCGGCAAGAUUGUGGUGGACAUUGAUUUGUGGAAGAAAUCGAGCUCGCAGAUGCGCGUCAAGGCCGAGGAGCUGGGCGUGCAGUUUCGCGAGGCCUUUGAACGAACCAUACUCACCCAGGGCCAGAUUUUGGUCAUGGAGUUUCAUGCGUCUGGCGGUGCCAAGACCAACAUGCGCGUUCAGAUUCGCGAGAUUUUCAAGCUGGACGAGCGCACCCUGACCGAUGGCGCCGCCAGCAGCACGCAUCCCGUCCGGGACGCUCUGGCAACCUCGCAAACCAGCGUCGAGUUCAAG